AAGACAGAGAGAGAGAGAGAGAGACUUGGACCAAAGUAUAUAAACUCAAACACUUUUCUCCAUCUCUCUCCGCUGCGGUCUCGCCGUGCUGCCCACAACACCUCGACUUCGUCUUCCUCCAUAGCCGUCGUCCUUAUUUAUCUCUCUUUUAUUUAAAAAAACAAAAAACAAAAAACAAAAAAAAUGGCACAGGCUUCUCCUCCUCUUCCUCCUCCUCAGGUUACAGAGGGCACGGUGGCUGCUCCCGACGGAGUGAAUCUGGGCUCUAUGUGUUCGCUCUACAUCGGAGAUCUGGAUGUCAGCGUCACUGACUCUCAGCUCUACGACUAUUUCACCGAGGUCUGCCCGGUCGUUUCCGUCCGCGUUUGCCGUGACUCAGCCACCAAUGCUUCUCUUGGAUACGGCUACGUCAACUACACCAACAUCGAUCAUGCUGAAAAGGCAAUGAAGGCGCUGAACUACACUAGUCUGAAUGGGAAGAUGAUCAGGGUUACUUACUCUACUCGUGACUCUGCUGCUCGUAAAAGUGGCGUUGGCAACUUAUUCGUCAAGAAUUUGGACAAGUCAGUUGACAACAAGACACUGCACGAGACGUUCUCAGAGUGUGGAAGCAUUGCCUCCUGCAAGGUCGCUACUGAUCACAUGGGCCAGUCCAGAGGAUACGGUUUUGUGCAGUUCGAGAGCGAGGAUUCGGCUAAAACCGCUAUCGAGAAGCUCAACGGUAGAGCCCUCAACGGCAAAGAGCUUUUCGUUGGACCUUUCCUCAAGAAGGAGGAGCGAGAGUCUUCUGCUGGUGGUGAUAAGACGAAGUUCACCAAUGUCUUUGUCAAGAAUCUGUCGGAGACGACGGAUGAUGAUGAGCUGAAGACCACUUUCGGACAGUACGGUGGUAUCUCGAGCGCGGUGGUGAUGAGGGACGGAGAUGGGAGGUCCAGGUGUUUCGGGUUCGUCAACUUCGAGGACGCUGAUGACGCGGCUCGUGCUGUUGAGGCCCUUAACGGGAAGAAGUUUGAUGACAAGGAGUGGUAUGUGGGGAAAGCUCAGAAGAAGUCUGAGAGGGAGCUUGAGUUGAGCAGAAGACAUGAUGAAGGCGUGAGGGAGAACGGAAACAGGUUUGAUGGUUUGAAUUUGUAUGUUAAGAACCUUGACGAGACGGUCACGGAUGAAAAGUUGCGUGAGCUGUUUGCUGAGUUUGGUACAAUCACUUCCUGCAAGGUUAUGAGAGACCCUAGUGGUACUAGCAAAGGAUCAGGAUUUGUUGCCUUUUCUGCUACCAGUGAAGCUUCUAGAGUGCUGAACGAGAUGAAUGGUAAAAUGGUUAGUGGCAAACCAUUGUAUGUGGCUCUUGCACAAAGGAAGGAAGAAAGAAGGGCUAAGCUGCAGGCACAGUUUUCUCAGAUGAGACCUGCCUUUAUCCCUGCUAUGAGUCCUCGUAUGCCUAUGUUCCCAGGUGUUGCUCCAGGUAUUGGACAACCCAUGUUUUACAGUCAAGUGCCUCCAGCAGUCAUCCCUCUGAACCAGGCUGGAUUCGGAUAUCCGCCUCCGCCUCAGAUGGUUCCUGGAAUGAGGCCAGGCUUCUUCGGGCCGAUGAUGCAGCAAGUAGGCCCACGACCAGGUGGAAGGCGGCCCGGUGAUGGACCCAUACGCCACCAUCAGCCUCAGCAACCAAUGCCCUUUAUGCAGCCACAGAUGAUGAUGCCAAGAGGACGUGGACACCGUUACCCUCCUGGUAGAAACAUGCCCGACGAAGGUCCAAUGCCAGGACCAUUUCCACCUUAUGACGUUAAUGGAGUGCCUCUUGGUCAGCAUAUGCCUGCUGGUACUGCUUCACUGGCUUCUUCCCUUGCUCAAGCUUCGCCUGCUCAGCAGAGAACUAUGCUGGGAGAGGCUCUAUACCCAUUGGUGGAUCAGAUAGAGCACGAGAACGCAGCCAAAGUGACGGGUAUGCUUCUGGAGAUGGAUCAGACCGAAGUUUUGCAUCUGCUCGAGUCGCCUGAGGCUCUAAAUGCUAAAGUUUCAGAGGCAUUAGAUGUGCUGAGAAACGUGAAUCAGCCAACUCAGGUGAGUGCAAGCCCAAGUGAUCUCUUGGCUUCACUUACCAUUAAUGAUCACUGAUGAGUAAGCUUUUGUCUGAGUUCGUACUCUUAACUUUCUCUCUCUUUCUAUCUCUGAUUGACUAAAAUUUUUGUGGGAACUGGUUUGCGUUUCUAGACUUUUGCUGGAUAUUAUGAUUGUUGUUUCUUUUUGGACCACACUCAAGACUUGGAAUGAUGUUUUUUUUUGGGUUGGAUUAUC